GCCACAGCGAACACGAUGGGCUGCAACUCGAGCAAAGAUGCUGUGAUGCCCGUGCAGCCGAGCAACUUCAACGACCCCAUGAUGAACAAGCCCAUGGAGGGCUUCACGGACUCGAUGGGCCGCGAAGUGAAAGCCGUGGUCGAAAACGGCACCGACGCCGCCCACCGCAUGGCCGAGCGGGCCAAGCAAGAGGCUAUGCAGGCCGUCGAAGAGGUCGUAGAUAUCGACUUGGACGACCCGGAAGUUCAAGGGGCCGCCACCAAAAUCCAGGCAGCGUUCAGGGGCCACAAGACUCGCAAGGAGACGAAGCAGACCGCCGAGAGCAGCGCUCGUGACGCCGGCAAGCCAGCCGAUCCUCAUCCUCCCCACUCGCAGCCCAGUGCGCCUCCGAGUCGAACGCACAACACACUCACCGAUCAGGAGCUCGCAGAGCUAGAACAGGAGUUCAGCCCCGACGAUCCAGAUUUAAACCUAGCAGCCACUCGCAUCCAGGCAAACUUCAGAGGACACAUGGCUCGCAAGCAGCAAGGAAAGUCAGAUGACGAGCUCAGCAAGGAGCUGGAAAAGCUUGAUGCAAAGGACGCAGAGGAGGAGCUGGACAUUGACCUGACAGACCCUGACCUCCACAAGGCUGCAACCAAAAUCCAGGCCUCAUUCCGGGGCCACAAGGUGCGCAAGGAGGAUCCAAAGCCUCAAGAAAAGGAAGGGGAAGGAGAAGAUGGCCAGUGAGGAGAAAACACCCUUUGGAGAAUUUUGGCCAUAAUCAUUUAAUCAACUAUGUCCCUUGUUAGUUGAGCUGCCCUCUCACUUUUCCCCUGUCCACGGCUCUGCUCGGUCGGCUGCGGCCCACCCCUCCAGCGUUUGAUCAGUUGCAAAAAUUUCUACACGCGCCUCUGACUUGCCAGUCGUCAGCAGACACGUCUAAAAAUUUAAAGCCAUGUGAUUUAAGCGCGUUGCAUAGAAGCGGAAUCCUUAAGAAAGUGACUGUCAAUAAUGAGUGUAGACGUGCCCAAAAACGCGGAAAAACAAAGAUCUUGCAGAGCCUUGGCAGGAACCACUUCCUACUUGCUUUUAAUCGUGCGGAUAUUUGACAUUUUUCUGGAUGGCAGAACGCGCCUGUUUUUUAUAUCAGGAUCUCAGGCGUCGCGCACUCUGCAGUUAAUAUAUAUAUAUUACAUGAUUCAAAAUAAAUAUUCUCUUUCUCCUCUUGUAAUACAAGACAGCUUUUAAAUCUCUACUAUACAUAUAUACAACAUUUAACUUGCAGUUAGCGAUGAGAGAACACGAAAGAAAAAAAUAAAAUCAUUCCUUUUGAACAGAAACAUGUUAUUGUUAUCAUUAUGUGCAGCCAGAUUUGCUCGCAGUUGAUAAGAGGGGAAACUGAUUUUAAGAACUUUAUGUAUUUGUGUAGAGCUAAAUAAGGUUAUCAUUAUGAAAUUAUUACAGUUGAAGAUAACAAGUUUGUCACAGUGAGAAUUUGUCUUAGGUUAUGAUUAAAUAUACUUCUGUACCUCACGUUUUUAUUGUGUGAUUUUAUUGUAUUAAUUUUUAUUUCCAACAAUAUGAUUGCUACCCAAAAUGAAGUAUAAGUGAUUUCAAACUACCUGAAAUAAUUUACUUGUGAUGCAUGUUUUUUCCAUUAACUAUAGUCAAUCAUUUUAUACUUAUUUCAAAAUUAUGGUUGUGUUAAGACACUUAAAUUUGUCAGUUUAACUUCACUACUUGUCACUGCAAAUAAAUUAUGUAUACUGUCUAAA